GUCAGAUCUUCCGAGUCCGAGGUCACGUGCUGUAUUGCCCCGCGUAAACGCAUUUCCGUGCGGAGUCGCUCGGCAACUUUCAACGGCUACAGCCGAUCGAAUGAGGUCAAGAAUGGCAUUGGCAUUGGCAGUGGCAGUGGCAGUGGCAGUGGUCAUCGGCGUGGAACCGGAACAGCUAUACGGUUGAUGUAUCGACGGCUUCACCACAGAGUGCUUCCACCGUCUCGUCUUUACACCUCUCUAUUCAGCACGACCACAACGCGCGUCAUGCGGCUUCCAUACGCCCCCAACACCCCGCCCACCGAUUGUGACGAUGCCGCCGAGACCGCCGACAUCUAUGCCCGCAUUGCGGCACGAAGAAACCCGCGACCCCUCAUUCCCCUGGACCUCUCUCUGCUACACAGCCCACCCGUCGCGGACGGUUGGAACAGCUUCCUGGGCGCCAUUCGCACGCGCACCAUCGUGGACCUGGGUCUCCUCGAAUUGGCCGUGUGCCGGGUCGCCGUGCUCAACGGCGCCGUGUACGAGUGGAAUGCGCAUGCCCCGCUCGCACUGAAGGGUGGUAUUGCACCAGCGGAGCUACAGGCUUGCCGGACAUUGCCCUGCACCGCGGAAGGUGACUUGGCCGAGUUGGAGAGUAGCGUGCUGACUCCCCGUCAGCGCGCCGUGCUGCGAUACACCGACCAGAUGACUCGGACCGUCAAGGUCGAGGAUGCAGUCUUCACCCAGCUGCAGACUGUUGGAUUCAACGACCGUGAGAUUGUGGAGCUGACCACUGGCGUUGCGGGAUACAACUGUGUGAGCCGGUUCCUGGUCGCGCUGGAUGUGGGUGAGAAUAAUGACCGCGAAAUGAAGAGCGUUGAUGAAUUGGUCGCUGCUCUGAAAUGAGGCAGGCAUAACCUAUGCUUGACAUCCUGACAUGAACGGGUUCCGGUCUCGAUACGAAUCGGAUCUGCAUUGAGCUGGGCCUCCAAUUAAAGCUCCCCGGGUUGGAGAAAAUGUAGCAAGACACCAUCACUACAGUGCCUCAUUUCCGCGUUUAUUUAUUGGGUUGCUCUGGUCUUUUGAAUAAAUUCACCAUUCCUCAUUCCACCUUCCUAGGUCUGAUUCGUCGCGCCUCUUCAUCGUUGCUGACGUAGUCAACAUGAAUCCCGACCGCUAUACUUCGUUGGUUUUGCAGCAUAGCACGAUUAGCGAGCCAUCUCUCGUAGAAAAAUGGGAUGGCUGUCUAGUCUCCCACAUCGUCGAUGGUUGCUGCAACGCAAAGCUGAUUGACCACAUCAUGUCUUCAAUCCUUCGUCUCCCAUUCUCCAUAACUCUC